CAAUCUCAUUCUUACAUUACUCUUCAAGAUAUUACAAAAUCAAGAGUAACUACAAUAUUCAAUAAUGCCUUUAGACACAAUAUACAUAACCCGACACGGCCACCGUCUAAACUGGACAAUCGACUAUAAAACAGGAGAAUACAAAUCCCAAUUUCCCACACCAACCGGCAACCCGGCAGACCCAACCCUAACCUCCCACGGCGUGCGCCAAUCUCUCGAGCUCGCAGAACACCUGAUUCGUCCAGAACUCUCCCCGAAACCCUUCCGGAUAUACUCGAGCCCAUUCUACCGAUGUCUACAAACAAUCCAACCGUCCGUCGAAGCCCUUAAAGAGAGACACACUCCUACAUCCCCCUCCAAUGAGACAGGAAUAGACCAGCACGCAGACCUCGACGUGAGGAUCGAGAACGGAGUUGGAGAGUGGUUCGGGCCAACCUCCUUCUUCGACCACCCCUCCCCCGCAUCACCAAGUACUCUCAAGACCCAUUUCCCAACCAUCCUCGCCUCCGACCCCGAAGCCAACUAUAAUCCGCACCUCUUCCCCUCUACCCGCGGGGAAACGAUUGCCCAGCUCCACGAUCGGCUUGCCACGGCCCUGGCGGGGAUUAUCGCGGAUGUAGAUGCCGAGAUCAGUGCCCUGGAGGCAUCGCAGUCGCCGUCAGAACGGACCAGUAAGGCGAUUUUGAUUUGCUCGCAUGCGGCGCCGUUGAUUGCGAUUGGGCGGGCUUUGACGGGGAAUAUGCCCGAGGAUAGCGGGGUUGAGGACUUUAACGUAUUUACGGCGGGUCUGAGUACGUUUGUGCGGAGGGAUGUGAAGGUCUCUGUUAAUGAUGGCGCGGAACAGCGGGGGUUGGCGCCGGGGACGAAAGUUGUUCGGCCUGGUACGAAUGUGCCUGUUUGGCAAGGUGGAAAGGGGGUCGGUGGGGGUUGGGACUGUGUUGUGAAUGGGGACUGUAGUUUUUUGAGUGGGGGUGCUGAGAGGGGCUGGCACUUCAAUGGGGAGGAGUCGUUUGAUACCGGCCCUAUGGCCCCCACAUCGGCUUUGCCUACCUCGACUCAAGAUACGUUCGUGGAGUGGCCGGCCACGAAAUUGUAAGCCUAUGCGCUCGGUUCCACGCAUCCUCACGCAUGUUUGUAGUUCAUUUAAAGGGGCUAGUAAAUACGCUAAAUAGACAGUAUAGCAGAACAUAGAAAACCGAGCGCUUGAUAACUGCAAGAUUUC